GUGAGUUGGGAUCUAUCAUUCCGGUACAAGUACCAACCAGAACAGAGAAACAUGUAUGUGUACAAAUGAUCUCUCGUUUAACUGCCGAAAAAACAAAUCAGAGUCGUUUUAUCACCAGUCGGUAGACCAAUUGUCCAAUACUGGAGCCUGGAGAGAGAGAGGGAGUCGCCGGUCGGCAAACGACAGGUCUCCGUCUGAACAAGACAACUCACACACCCAACUCUGCAUUUCGCCGAUUCUUUAUUCUUCUUCUUCUCCUCCUCCUUCGAUUCGAACUCUCCAUUUGUAUUUUGUGGGCGAUUUCAGUGACAGCGGGCCGACACAUCUCACUUGAGCUGCUUUCCAAUUGGGCUCUCUCAACAACACCUCCUUCCAGUCAUAUCGGAGCAUCAACUCCGAGCUUCCGAGUCAACCCAGAACGAGCAAAAAAAAAUCCCAUUUUCUUCAUCCUCUUUACCCCUGUCUGGUUUGCGUUGAAAAUGAGUAAGAAAAUCAAGGUCAAAGAGGAUACACGCGCAGGAAUCGAAGUGGGUUUCACGUGAAUAAACAAAAAUCUGCCCCUUGCUGUGUGUUCUGCAACAUUUCUGUACUCCGUUGAAGUUGCAGCAAGGCUUAUGCUCCUGGAAGAAAAAACAAACACAAAAUGGCUUAUUCAAAUUCAAGAUCUGUGAGGUUUAGAGAUGAUCUUGAAUUGACAAAGCAUCCAACAACGAAUAUAGAUGGGACAGUCAAGCUUAAAUACAACACAAAUGGGAUUCAUAUGUCAGAGUCCAGUGCCAAGAACUCUCAGAGAGAUGCAAGGAAUGGGAAAUCGCUGAAGGCCAAAGUUCUGUCUCGAGUUUUCUCGGAGGAUUACGAGAGAGUGAAGAGGAACAUAUUAGAUCCUCGAGGGUCAGCAGUUCGAAGAUGGUCUAAUAUCUUUUUGGUAGCAUGCUUAGUGUCUUUGUUUGUCGACCCUCUCUUCUUCUACUUGCCAAGAGUUAACAGGACUGCAUCUUGCAUAGACAUCGGGAGACCCCUUGAAUAUACCCUUACAGCUCUUAGAACAGUAGCAGAUGUAUUUUACAUGGUCCAGAUUUUCAUACGGUUCCGGACAGCAUACGUUGCACCUUCUUCUCGAGUUUUCGGGAGAGGGGAGCUCGUUAUUGAUCCUGAAAAGAUUGCCUCGAGGUACUUUAGAUGGAACUUCUGGCUUGACCUUAUUGCAGCCCUCCCUCUUCCUCAGGUACUUAUUUGGCUAAUCAUACCAAACCUUUCUGGUUCAACCAUGGCUAACACGAAAAACGUCCUCCGGUUCAUCAUCAUUUUCCAGUACAUUCCAAGACUUUACCUAAUUUUCCCACUCUCUUCUCAAAUCGUUAAAGCCAAUGGGUUUGUGACAGAAACAGCUUGGGCUGGAGCUGCUUAUAACUUGAUGCUUUACAUGCUGGCAAGCCAUGUUUUAGGAGCUUGCUGGUACCUUCUAUCAAUAGAAAGGCAAGAAUCAUGCUGGUUAAGUGCAUGCGACAAGGAGAAGCCACAUUGCAAUUUCAAGUUCUUUGAUUGCCAGACGGUUGGCAACUCUGCCAGGGACUCGUGGUUCAAGUCGACCAACGCUUCGACUCUGUGCAAGCCGGAUAACGGGUUCUACCAGUUUGGGAUCUACGGCGAUGCAGCAACUUUUGGUGUUUCAUCCACAUCAUUCUUUGACAAGUACUUCUAUUGCCUCUGGUGGGGCUUAAAGAACCUUAGGUAUGUCAUCUCCCUCAAUGCCUCACUGGGGCAGAACCUUUCAACAAGCACAUAUGUAGGGGAAAUAACUUUCGCCAUCAUUGUUGCAACUCUUGGUCUGGUGCUCUUUGCUUUGCUCAUUGGGAAUAUGCAAACAUACCUGCAAUCUACAACAGUCAGACUAGAAGAGUGGAGGAUCAAACGAACCGAUGCAGAACAAUGGAUGCACCACAGACAGCUCCCUCCUGAGCUCAGGAACUCUGUCAGGAAAUAUGAUCAGUACAAAUGGCUCGCCACCCGUGGAGUCGAUGAAGAAACCCUCCUCAAAGGCCUUCCCCUGGACCUCCGCAGAGACAUCAAACGCCACCUCUGCCUCGAUCUAGUCCGCCGCGUGCCACUGUUCGAUCAAAUGGACGAGAGGAUGCUGGACGCCAUAUGCGAGCGGCUGAAACCUGCUCUGUCAACAGAAGGCACGGUCCUGGUGCGAGAAGGAGACCUGGUGGACGAAAUGCUGUUCAUAAUCAGGGGCAAUUUGGACUCCCACACCACCAACGGCGGCCGGACGGGGUUCUUCAACACCUGCAAGAUCGGCCCGGGGGAAUUCUGCGGCGAGGAGCUCCUGACGUGGGCGCUCGACCCGCGGCCCAGCGUCCUGCUCCCGUCGUCCACCCGCACGGCGAAGGCCAUCUCCGAGGUCGAGGCGUUCGCCCUGCGGGCUGAGGAUCUGAAAUUCGUGGCGUCGCAGUUCAGGAGGCUGCACAGCAAGCAGCUGAGACACAAGUUCAGGUUCUAUUCGCACCAGUGGCGGUCGUGGGCGGCGUGUUUUGUUCAGGCGGCGUGGCGGCGGUACAGGAAGAGGAAGGAAUUGGCAGAGCUGAGAGCUAGGGAGGAGGGAGAGGAUGAUGAUCGGCGGCGGGAUGAGGCGGCGGCGGUGAAAAGGGGUGGUUUCGCGGCGGUGUACACGGCGAAGAUGGCGACGAGCACGAGAAAGGGGGUGACGAUGAUGAAGCAUUCUUCUUCUACGGGUUCCAGAGUCGUUAAUGUGAAUUCGUUGCAAAAGCCAUCAGAACCAGACUUUUCUGUGGUUGAGGAUUAAGAAUCAAGGGGGUUUUUGUUCCUGAUUUUCAAUGUGUAUAGAUUAUAGACUAUGUUACUAUACAGCAUAUACUAGGAGUGGCCACGUGGGUGGUUAAUCCGCGGAUUGAUAUCGAUUCACCCGCAAACAAUCCAAUCCGCAAGUAUUGGGUGGUUGAUGUGGGUGGAUAGCGGAUUGAUAAAUCUCCCACCCGCACUUAUGGGUGGGUGGUGGGUGAAUUGCGGGUCACCCUAAUGACCUGCACCCUAUUUUCACAUGAGAAAAUGUUGUUUCUUAUACUAUCGAAUAUUAAUGAUAUUUCCGAACCUCACUACACACUGACCAUGCAUCUAAUUCUAAAGUUGGAGAAUAAAGA